AUGCGCGCCGGCGUCCACCUUGGCCAACGUGGCGGCUCCAUCCCAGAGUUUGGUCCCGACAUCACGAAGCGCUUCUGCGAGCGCAACGGAGUGGAGGUUGUGAUCCGCUCGCACCAGUUUGUCAAGGAGGGCUUCAAGCUGAUGCACUCAGGUCACUUGCUCACCGUCUUUUCGGCGCGAGACUACUUCGUCGACACGGGUGACUGCCGAGAAAUUCUACCAUGCCUUUCCCCCUUUCUCUCCCCCACGAUGGUGGUAGAGUCUCGUUAG